AUGGAUUGUGCUCGUGUCUCUUUGCCCCCCUCCCCCUCAAAACUUGUUGCAGUCGCACGCCUGGAGCUCAUACACUGGCCCGGUGCUGAGGCCUGCAACCAGCUGACCUGGGCCAAUGACUGCGGCGGCAACCUUGCUGCCGCCAUCGAUGGCACCAGCGUCACCCUCACGCCGGCGGUGGCGCCCGCCUUCAAGGCCCUCUGCCCUGCCUCCGCCGGCGUCGCCAUCGGCCAGGGCAGCAAAGCGCAGGCGGCAGUAGCCUUCCCCCAGCACCCCGUCGGCGUCGUGUCGGCCAAGCCCGACGGCACGGUCACUUUCGACUUCACGCGCGCCGCCUCGGACGACGCGGAUUGGUCCAAGUGCAUGCUGACCUACCGCGUUGCCGAGGGCAGCUUCCUGCAGGCGGGCACGUCAUCCCAGUCGUCGUCACUCCAGGCGGCGUCCCAGUCCUUCCAGGGCUUCCAGUCGUCCCUGGGCGCAAAGCAGGUGUCAGCCCAGAAGACGACCACGCCCAACAACAGGGGCCUCAUCGUAAGCACCUCCGUCUUAGGCGGCGUGGCGGCGGCGCUGGCCCUGGGGAACCUCUUUGAUCUCAAGUAA